AUGGGUGUCGGUGUUGGCUCGCUUUUGGUUAGGAUACUGAAUUCAAUUAACAGCGAUAUCCUGAUUUCUGGAAAACAUGAAAAUGAGAUAUGGCUUGAAUCAAAUAAUAGUCCCGAUGAAUCGCCAGUUUCAUAUUAUGCAACAAGACAUGAUGCAACAAAAUCUAUUACACAAACUGCUUAUGAUUUAACAAAACAUAGACGUUUUGCUCAUGGACGAGGUAUUCACUCAACGUCUGAUAUUAAUACAGCAAAACUUUAUGCUCCCGCUUUUACUUAUAACAGAAAAAAAAUAUUAUAUUGUGCUUCAGAAUCGAGUCAAUCCAAAGGCUUUAAUAAAAAUUGA